AAACAAAAAUGUGGGGGUUUUGUGGGAAGAAUGAUUCAGUCAAGUAGAACGUAUAGCAAUCACAUGUUGGUGAGUAAAACUUACAUCGAAACUGUCCCCCAAGGCCCUAAAUAUAAGCUGGGCUAUGGAACAGUCAUUCCUCAGAAGUACGCCCGGCCGAUUUCUAACCUCAGGCGUCCCUGGGUCUCCGUCCUGCGACUUCCGAUAGACGUUGUUGUCUUGUCGGUGUAGUAUCGCGUGAGAGAUCAAAGCUCUGCGGUAGACCAUGGCCGGGACGGCGGUUCUUCUCCGGGGUCUUCCCGAUCUGCCGGCCCUGCAGGACGAACUGACGGCGUACUUCGACAGGCGCGGACCGGUCCUGGGAGUGCGACUGCUGGGACCAGGACGGGCCAUCGUUACGUUCGCAGAGGAGAGCGUGGCACCAGCUGUGACAUCUGAGCCGGAGAUCCUCUUCUUUGGCGCGAGAGUAAAAAUCGAGCCCUGUCCACGUGAUCUGGUCACAAACAAUGGUGAACAUCAACAAGGAGUGACAGAAAAUACAACAGCACACGAGGCGAGAAUGGGAGAGAUGACGUCAGGCGAGGUUGACGUCGGUGAGGGGAUGGCGAACUACCUGCAAACCUACCGAGCAGACGACAUCGUGCGAGUGGGGAGAAAAUUGUCGAUGGAGGAAGUGAGAAUCAGGAACACCAAAACCGGUUUCUCUAUUCGUGGAACUGCGAAAGGCAUUAGCCAAGCGAGGGAAGGCCUGGAAGAAAUGGCGGCCACGGUCAGGACUGCAGUGCUUACGGUGGAGAAUGCUGAUCAGCUACGAGGCUUUCAUCGAUUUAUCGCCAAAGAGAAGACAGCAGGCCAAUUGCGUGACAUAGAACGUGACCAACAGUGCGUGAUCGUUGCUGAUGACAUGUGUUCGCUCAGUGCGAUGGAGAAUGAGGAUAUCGCAGCCCUUCCGACGCCCCCCUCGUCGUGUGACGAGAACAGCUGUGAGCUGCGCGUUGGCGGGCUCAUUAUGCAGGCCGUGCGGGGUGAUCUCACGACAGAAACUGCCGCAGUCAUCGUCGUACCUAUCAGCAAUAUUCUGGAUCACAGCCGAGGAAUAGCAAGAACCGUUUCCGAAGCGGCAGGACCCAGCGUGUUGGAGCAGUGCCGUGAGUACGUCAGGACGGAAGGGCUGCCGCGAGGGGGCGACAUUGUGGCUGUAGAAGGUGGACGGUUGCCAUGUGGCGUGAUUUUGUACCUGACAUCUCCGGAUGCGAAACACCUCAGGAGUGAUGUCAAGAAUUGUCUCUGUCUCGCCAGUAACCAUGGAGGCAGUUCUGUCGCAUUACCGGCCAUUGGCACAGGAGGAUUUGGAAUAGCACCAGAGAAGUGCGCCAGACGUAUGAUCAGGGGGAUUGUGGAGUUCGCCCAGCACGUCGGAGGAAACAAGCUGACACUUGUGAAAAUUGUUGUACAGCAGGGCAAGAUCCUGGAGGCCUUCAGGACGGAGAUGUUCAAGAGAAGCAAUGCAUAUGACGCAACUCUGGAUCGGCUGAUAGACGGGCACCCGGCAGACGAACUGCUACUACACUUCUUCGGCCCUGACGAGACCAGUGUAGAAGAGGCCAAAAGGAGGGUUCAGGAGAUGGUGGAUAACUACUCCACUCAUGAGAUCAUCGUUGAUCCUGCAGUACUGCAACUGUCGGCCGCAGAGAGGAGGAUGCUUCAAGUCUACAGUCGUAGACAGAAAGUCACGAUCACGAUAGAUGAAGACAACGAUGGCUGUUAUCAUAUCGAAGGGUCCUGUGAUGUAUCCGCGGAGGCCUCUGUCGUGCGGAUGUUUCUCGCCGACAGAAGUGAGAACAGGACAGCACGGAGAGACAUCCUGGGACUGCGCCGCUAUCAGUGGUGA